CCUUCUUGAUCAUGUAUUAAACUGCUAAAAUAAUGUAAUAAAAACGUAAUGUCAGUUUGUAUUGAGAGUAACAAUACAUAGCAAGAUGGCAGCGCCCAUGUCGGCACGAUUUUAAGCGUUUGUUUACCUUAAUUAUUCAAUUGUUUUGAACUGUGCUAACUUUGUAUACAUGACAUCAGUCAUGACUGGUAAGAGUGAAUCAGUCAUGACUGGUAAGAGUAAGGAAGACAAGAAUGCAGAGCUGAGGAGGAAGAUUGAAUAUCAAGUGGCCUGUGAGGAGAAGGCACACCGGAUUGUGGAGAGGCUCAUAGAGAACCCUGUCACUGGGGAGGCGCUCAUUGACUCUCUUCAUUUCAUCACAGCAAGCCAUUAUGAUGACAUCACGGUUGAGAGGGCUGUAUCAAAGUUGUGUGGUUAUCCACUCUGCCAGAAUGCCUUAGGAAAGGUAUUGAAACAGAAGUAUAUGAUAUCCACAAAGACAAACAAGGUGUAUGACAUUGAGAGCAGAAAGAACUUCUGCAGUGCAAAAUGCUACAAGGCCUCAAAGCACCUGGAGCGUCAGAUUUCCAAUGACCCGUUGUGGUCCCGGCAGAAGAUGCCCCCUAGGAAGUAUGAGUUGCUGCCCCUGGAUAUGGAGAAGGGAAGAAUGGGAGAUGAAGUCCUGGACACACAUCACAAGAAAGAGAUGAAGAAAGAAGUAGAAACCCUUGAAAAACAGGACAAGUAUUUACAAAGUCUUCAUAAAAUGCUCAAGAAACCUGAAACCUCCCAGAAACUGCCUGUCCCAAAUCAGGAUAAGCUUUCAAAGAUGGGUGCAACAAAAGCAAGUGUGGAUGAAAAGGAUGAAAACAUUGUUGAGCCGGUUAAAGAUGUAGCUGAAGAUGUGUGUGUUUAUGAUCUUGAGAAAGCUUUGGAAGAGUUUGGAAUAGAUGAUAAAGCUGAAAGGAAAAGUGGUCUGGGAGAUAGAGGAAAAUUUAAAUUGUUUGGGUUAAAAACUGUUUCAGAGGCUACAAACAAUGAUUGUAAUAUGUUGACUAAACCUGUUGAUGGUAAUUUGCCUGGUUGUCUUGUAGAAGAUUCUGUGAAAGGAGAAAAAGUGAGCUUAAAAUCAGAAGCUACUGAAGCAAUUCUUAGUGAGGUUGUUGAAUCUGUAGAAGGUUCCACUGAAGAUGUCAAUGGGGAACAUGUGUUGAAAAAGACCAAGGGUCGUUCAAAAGCAAAAGUAACAAAUCAGACAAAAACAGACUAUCUCAUGCAGCUUUUGAAUAAAAGAAAGUCACUGCUGUCAAAAAUGGUCGACAUCCAAGAUGGCGGGGCGGCAACAAAAUGUGAUGAAAAAGCUGCAAAAUGUGAAGAAAAAGCUGCAAAAUGUGAUGGUAUACAAGUCAUUGAGAAUGCGAGUUUGACUUCUUGUGGUGCGGAUCAACUUACCAAUGAAUCUAGUGUUACAAAUGCAACUUGUGGGGCUGAUGAAAAUUCUUAUCCUUGUCAAGUAAUUGAAACGCAAACAACUUUGAAAUCUGAUAGUAUGGAUCAACUUGUCAGUGAAUCAAGAAGUGUGAGAAUUUCUGUUACUGCAAAGUCAGAAAAAGACACUGCCAAAGUCGGUGUAAAUGUGUCCAAGAUAAAUAAAGAGUUAAAUCCUGAAAAACAAGCUGAAGCAGUGACAGACGUUCCAAAGAACUUGGUCAUGAUGGAGUUUAUCUAUAGAUGCAUGAAAUCUUGGAUCACCCAGGAUACCAGGAAAUUCAUGGGCUGCGACAAAAUAUCGAAAAAGUCUCCUCCAUAUGAUGUAAAUCCAGAAAUCCAGGACAAGUACAAAGCUUUGGUUGCCAAGGUCGAUGCGCAGGAGAAGGACUUUGACAGGCUUCUAGGUGAUGUAUCCCUUGAAGACGAGGGUACCAGGCCCUCUGCUCCUUUGCCACACUUUGAGUUCCUGAGAGAGGAGGUGUUGCAACAUCAACAGCGUGUACAGCACUUUAUGAAGGGGUCCUUUACCUACACAGUCCAGGAAAAACCUACAGCAAAAGAGGACCAGAGCCAAUCUGUGGUUUUACCCACAGUUGACAAAUAUGACCAGAUGCUUAUACGACGGAAAAUCCUGUUGGAAAGGCUGAGCAAAGUUUUACCAGAUGUUUUGGGUCCACUUCAUAUGCUGGUACAAGAUGUGUUCACAGAGCUGCGUCAGCUUGUUUUUACAUUUAAUCCAUUGCCAAGGUCCAUUCCAUUGUCAGAUCCAGUCCAUUGUCAAGGCCUCAGUAACGACAACAUUACCUUCAAGCCUGUAGAGUGGACCGUUGUGGCAGUGUUGCUGCUUAAAGUACUUUCUAGUAAGCUUCAGAGUUUGAAACAAGCUUUCAGCAGCCCUGGAGCAGAGCAGUAUUUUAACAUUUUGUUAUCUCCCCUUGGUGAGAACUUGGCGACAAUUGAGAAAUACGUGAAUGGAAUAAUUAAGUGAAGACAAACUCAAUGUUAGUUUGAAUGUUUUACAAUAAUCAAUGGACUCUACGAUGAAUUUGAAUGGGACAGAAGCAAAGCAUAGAUUGUGACUUGAGGAUCUUAAUUCAUGUAUACUUUAAUGAAUGUUUGUACAUGUUUAUGUUCAAGUCUUAGUGGUUUAUCUAAAUAUUGAAAUUUUCAUAACUUUAUCCGACGCAACACCUAGGGAUGGUUGGUUUGGUGGUCGGCAUAUUUGAUUCUUAAUAUGUUUUCAGCUUAUAUCAUAAGACUAUCUUCUUAAUGUUUUUAAGGUUUUCUUUUUAAAGAUUUUCUGCUUUUUACAUGUAUGCAUGUCGUUGCAUAUUAUUAUUUAAGGUGGACAGAAGCCCAUAUGUAAUAAAAAGGUUAAAGAAAAAAGAUAUUGAAUGGGGGAUUAAUUGUUGAGUAUUUACAAAAGGGUUUGGGUAAGGAAUUUUACAAGUCACCUUUAUCUAAAAUGUCAAUAAAUAAAGAAAAUGUAGGUAAUUGGAUUUAUUCCCAUAGCGUGCAUAUAAAUCUCCUAUAACAGAUGUUAUAGAUGUAGUGGUUAUUGAUGACCUAGUAACCAAUAUACAUAAAUAGUAA